AGAGAAGAGAAGAGAAGAGGCCAAGACCUCGGCUGUGGCACACCCGAACUCACAACUCACAAGUCAGACAGUCCAAUUGAUUCUAAUAACAAAGAGAGAAGAAGAAGAAGAAGAAGAAGAAGAAGAAGAAGAAGAAUAGAAAAGAUGGACAAUAGAGACAAGAAUAACACCAACAACGACAGCAAUUGCAAUUGGCAUUGAAGCGUAGAGAGAGAGACAGAAGAGAGAGAGGCAUGGGCGGUGCUGCUACGCAUCCUCAACAGACCCUCCUCCCUCGCCCCUCUUCCCCCCCAUCUUCCUCUCCCGUUCCCACUCCCUCUUCCUCUCCCGCUCCCACCUCCUCUCCACGCCGCCCCUCCUCCCACUUCCCCCAGGGCACCGCUGUUGAAGUCCAAACCAACGAGGAUGACUUCAGAGGGGUCUUCUUUUCCGCCACCGUCGUUCAGCCCCCCGCCCCCUACACCUCCAAAUACGGUGGCAAAAGGAAACCCAAAACCCUCUAUGUAGAGUACCAUGAUCUGCUAGCCCACGAGGACGGCUCCGAGCGCCUCAGAGAGUACGUCGCCCUCUCCUGUGUCAGGCCCCCUCCCCCUCCCCCUCCCCCAGCCUCUCCCGCCACCUUCCAGCCCGGAGACGUUGUCGACGCCUUUUACAAGGACGGUUGGUGGACCGGUGUCGUCAAGCGCGCUACCCAAGGUGCGGGUGCCGACAAGUACGUCGUCACGUUUCAGCACCCGCCCGACGAGCUCCACUUUAGGCCCUCCGAUCUAAGGGUUCACUUGGACUGGGUUAAUGGGGGCUGGGUCCGGCCGCCGAGGCAGAGUGUAGCAGGAUUGAUGUUUGAUGUUGGGAGAAAGGUAGAAGUUUCAUUAGACAGAGAAAUUUAUCAGGAUGCAUGGUUCCCUGCCACAAUUCACAAACACUUGAAAAAUGGAGCUUUUUGGGUGGAGUACUGUAGCGCAAAUAGUGAUAACGAGGUUCAGGCACUUAAAGUAACAAUCAAUUAUCCCUGUAUUAGACCUUGCCCUCCUUUUCUCAAAGACAGAAAUUUUGUUUUAUUGGAAAAAGUUGAUGCAUUCUUUGAUUUUGCCUGGUGGACUGGUGUUAUUACUAAAGAGCUUGAGAAUGGUUAUUACAUUGUCUUCUUUAAGCAACUGAAAAGAGAUAAAGAAUUCCAUCAGUCGAAAUUAAGACCCCAUAUGGAAUGGAAGGAUGGCAAAUGGUUCACCUCUUCCCAGGAUGUUACUAUCCAGUCACCAGAUAUUUCUAUGCAUGACCAUUUCAUGUCUGAAAACUUCAGUGCCUCCUCUGUUGCUGUUCCAUUAAAUCACGAGGGUGAUAAAAGAGAUAUUUGUGAUCCAUUAUUACUUUCUUCAGAGACAACAGGGCAGGUUCAUUGUAGUGAAGUAUCUCCAGUUGAUCAGAAGGAAGUAGUUAUAGCUGGAGCAGAAAAUAAGGUUACUCAUAAUAGUUCAUCUAAAGAUACAAUCUGUGGUUCUCCGUCCCCAGUUUCUGUAGCCAACAUGUCAAUUCCUGCAAUGAAAAUCGUUAAUAGAGAUCACUUGUCAGAUACUUCUUCAGGGGUGAAGAGAAUUCGAAGGAAACAAAGGAACUCUGAUGCAACAGUAAGUGUUAGUAAAAAGGUCAACUCGACUCUCACUUCUUUGAACUUGAGCAGUCCCAAUCAUGAUGUUGAAGGAAAGGAGCUAGAUUCAGUGGGAAACACAACAAAUGUUCAAAAUGUGAAUGAAAAAUAUGAAACUGAACUUCCUGUCAUCAUAGGCUUGCCAUGUGCAGAAAUGGUUGGCUCUGAAUCUGGGGCAAAGGGGAAAAGGGGACAUACUUCCAACAGCAAGGAAAUGAUGAAUCUUGGGAGUGACAAGAAGCAAAGACUGAAUGAUUCCAUGGUUUCAAAGAUGAAGGAUAACAAACCAUUGGGAAUUGGAGUAUCGAGUGAGAGAAAAAAGAGAGGAAGGCCCAAAAAAAUCUUGCUGGAAAGCGUCCAGUCUGCUGCAAAAGGAAAUGCUCAAAAUGAAGCUGUUGGUUCAGAUGAUGCGAACAAAAGAUCUGAUGAUCCACAUAGAAUUCCUGAAGGAGAGGUGAUGGAAAUGGACGCUUCAUUGCCAGUUCAGGAGAUUGUAUCGAAUAAGAACAAAUUACCUGAUGGACAUUCUGAUCAUAAAAAUGGGAAUGGAGGUAAGAAGAAGAGACUCUUGUCCAACAUGCGUGAUGAAAAAGUUCUGAAAGAGUCAACCAGGCUGCAGGCAUUUCGGAGAGGAAGAAGACAGGUUCGAGGUGGAAAAGUUGCACCCCAAGCUCUAGAUUUACCCAAUGAAUCUGGAGAGAAAGCAGCGGAAACUAACCAGGCAAUGGAAUUGGAACACCUUGGUUGUGAAGCACCUGGCAAUGAGCUUGAUGAUGAACCUCUUUCAAAGUGGAUAGAGGGAAUGCACUCUUCUUUCCUAAUUGAUGGCUCAAGACCACCUCCUGUGAGUACUGUGGACAAAUUCAUGGAGAAUGGCAAGAAGAAAGGGAAUGAUGAUGUUGUAGUGGAGAACAUUGAGAAGCAGCCAAAGAGUGAUACAGGUGCUUCCGAUUUAGCAGAUACAGAAGAUUCAAUUGGUCAGAGUGAGGCACAAAACUUGCCUUUUAUCAAAACUGCAUUUAUCUGGAAGACCAUUGAAUCCAUGGAUGUUUUUCAAAGGAUACCGCAGAAGCCACACUUCAAGCCGCUGGAAAAUUGUAACGAGAGUUCACGUGAAGGGAUGGCUGUAGGUUACAUGGUGACCUUUUCCAGUGUGGUUGAAAAAACUUGCAGAUUACAGCUUGAUGAUCCCAAGUGCGUCAUAGAUGACAUUCUGGGAACCCUUGCAGAGUUGGAAAGACAUGGAUUUGAAGUGAAGAUUGUACGAGACCGUGCGAAUGAGUUACUUGCUGUAAAAGAUAAACAAGAGAAGCUUAUAAAUGAGGUGAAGGCACUCAAAGAGCACAUGUUAGAACGCGACCAUGAGAAACUUAAGAUUGAUGAAGAGAUAAAGGGGAUCAAUGAGGAAAUGAGGAGGUUGCAAGAGAAACUUUCAUGUGCUGAGCUUGCCAAGCAAAAAACAGAUGGUGAAAUCGCUUCUUUGCAUAUGAAACUUGAGGGGGCCAAAGAGAUCAUGGAGAACAUGGGGAGUAAAUUUGUUGCCAUAGCUUCGUCUGCAAUUGGACAGGUCUGAAGGAUGACCUCCCGGACAUUUUGUUGGACCUUUUGCGAGCAAAAAAAUCACGCCAUUCUAGUGGUGGAAGCGGCCUGCGUGCAUAUAUUUUAAUUGGUGAUCACGGUAUCUAAUGCUGGGGAUUGAUUGUAUGAUAGGGGUAGUAAUCCAUCCAGCAGCGAUAGCAUCAUCUUCUUCUUCGUAGUAAGUGGGAUUUUUUAACCUUUUUUUAAUGGUAAUUAUGACUACAGUAUUGUAGCAAAACCAUGUAUGUUUUGUGGAGCUUUGAAAAUGAAGGACUAUGGAUUAAAAUUGAAGUGUGUUUGGGGUUUGAUAUGGGAUGGGAUGGGAUGGGAUGCCCCCAGCGCGAGUGAGUUAUGAAUUAGGUGAAGAUUCUUGGUGGAGUUUUGAGUUUUGAGGUAAUAUUGAAUCCUGGAGGUGUUGAGCAUGAAUGUGGUGGACAUGGUGGUAUGGUGGUUCCUCAUCAUGUGGUGCAAUGUGAGGGUGCAAAGCAGCAGCAGCAGUGAUACGGUUGCAUUUGUCAAUUUUAUAGCUGCUCUGCUCGCCCUCUCUCCCUCUGUCUGUCUCUACUGUAAUGUUGGAGAAACUAGUAGACUUAGACUGACUAUUAGACAUUUUGUUGCAUUGGACAACACAGCAGCCCUUUCUUUCUUUCCUGUCUAUAUACUACGGCAUCGCAGCAUCCAAUACUAUACUAUAGAUGAUAAAAUGAAA